GCCACAGAGCUGUCGGAGAGAGAGAGAGAGAGAGUAAGCCCGUCGUCGGUAGCCUGAACGCACCGAGAACACAAGUCGAGCUAUCCUGGACUUCGGACCGCUCCGCCCCCAUUUUUUAUCCUGCGAGCGUGUUGUUUUGACUGCACACACCAAAAAAAAAUAGUUCCUCUUGCAUCCUGACUUUUUUUGUUUGUUUUUUCCUGAUCGGGAGAGGGAGAGAGAGAGCGAGAAAGGGUGAGGGGGGGCGGAGGGGACAUUUGCUGUCAGCCAACUUCCACAAUAGGUCGCUGCGUCGCUGGACUGCUGCAUGUAUUUUUUUCCCCCUUCUUUUUUUGUUCAUUUUUCAUUUUUUUAUUUCAGCUUAACACUUUGACUCCAGCCCUUCCAGCCGUGCCCGAUGCUGAGGAAUGGAUAGUGUGUCUGCUAAAGGUGCGAAGAUGGUCGAGAGUGAUGAGCAGCCGGAGAGGGACAGUGGCGGCGGUGGCGCAGCGAUGGCCGCGCUACAUCAAUGCGAACUCAUCCAGAAUAUGAUUGAAAUCUCCAUCCCCAGUUUACAGGGACUACGGACCAAAUGCGCCGCGUCCAACGACCUCACGCAGCAAGAAAUACGCACUUUGGAGGUGAAGCUGAUGAAAUACAUCUGUAAACAGCUGCAGUGCAAGCAGAAAGUGCCCGAGACGGAGAGGCCCGAGGCCCUCGACAGCUACCCGCACCUACGAGACUGGCUGCGCACCAUCAACCUGCGACCGGAGCUCAUUGAGGCUGUUGCAGCAAAGUUUUCGCUGGAUGCCUUACUCCAGAUGUCAGGUGCUCAGGUGAGAGACACCAUGAGAAGACUGGGGUCCAGUUCUGAAGAAUGCGCCCGGCUCAGUGCUGCCCUCUCCUGCCUGAAGAGUGUCACUGAAUCAGGGGAACUGAGGGAAGAAGGCAGCCCCUGGCUGUCUGAGCCCACAAGGAGGGACAGCGGCUCGCUACUGACUUCAGAUCAGCUGACCGGCUUCGGGACUCCACUCCGCCCUCACAGCCCGUCACCCCUCGCCCGUCCCUCCGCCAUCCACUCCACCCCGUCGACCCCCUGCGCCACCUUCCCUCAUCCCCGCUCGGGCUCGGUGUCGGCGGCGCCCACGCCCGAGGCCCUGGCGUCGUACUGCGAGAGCCCCCUCACGGACCCGUUCCCGCUGUCCUUCUCCCACGCGGCCCGGCUCCACGGACACACAUCCACCCCGCCCGUCACCCCGCCCUCCAAGAGGCGGCAUCAACUGAAGCCCCCCUGCACCCCUCCGCCCCCAUCCCGCAAAGUGAUGCAUCUCCUUCCCAAUAUCACCCUGACGCGGAGCAAGAGCCACGAGUCCCAGCUGGGCAACCGCAUCGAGGACCCGCCUACCAACAAGUGUGUUAAAAAUAAUAAGUUGCUGCUGAAUAUGCAAGUUAACGGGAACGGAUGUGACGACUCGCCUUCUCCUCGGUACCCCGUCAUGUCUGCACGCACCCCCGGAGUCACCCCAUCUGCCACCACAGUGUCUUACACUCUGCCGGGCACGCCAACCCUCCUGGAGGAGCACAGCAGCAUUAGGAAUAACGUAGCAGGGCAUCGCAGCUCCCCACAAGCAGUGAGGAGGGACAUCGGCUUAGCGGUCACGCACAGGUUUUCCACCAAGUCCUGGCUGUCCCAGACAUGUCAGGUGUGCCAUAAGAACAUGAUGUUUGGGGUGAAGUGCAAACACUGUCGGUUAAAGUGCCAUAACAAAUGUACAAAGGAAGCCCCGUCCUGCAGAAUCUCCUUUCUACCAAUCGCCAAAAUUCGGAGGACCGAGUCCGUUCCGUCUGACAUAAACAACCCGGUGGACCGGCCGUCAGAGUCACCGCAGUUUGGCACGCUACCAAAGGCCAUCACGAAAAAGGAUCAUCCUCCAGUGCUGAACCCACUGGACUCCAGCAGCAAUCCGUCCUCCACCACCUCGUCGACACCCUCCUCCCCAGCGCCCUUCCAGCAGAGCAACCCCCCCAGCGCCACCCCGCCACCCAACCCCUCGCCCAAAGGCCAUCGGGACAGCCGCUUCAAUUUCCCCGCUGCCUGUUACUUUCAACAUAGACAGCAGUUUAUCUUCCCCGACGUCUCCAGUCCUGCUCAUUUGCACCCUGAUGUCCUUCAAGACACUGUCAGUGAGAUAGAGCAAUCGGCAGAUGACCUGCCCGCUGAGCUGGUAGAAGAUGAAGAUGAAGAGGAAGGGGAGGAGGAAAUAGAGGACGAAGACGAAGACCCCGAAGCGGAGGACAAUAAUGAAAACGAGGAGGAGGAUGAGGAAGGGGAAGAGGAGGACGAAGAGGAGGACCUGAGGAUGAACGUGGGCUCCGACGGCGAGUGCGACGACCUGGAUGACCUGCCCGGCACUCGGGGGAACGGGUGGAAGGGUCCCAUCUCCCGCAAGGCGAGUCAGACCAGUGUCUACCUGCAGGAGUGGGACAUCCCGUAUGAGCAGCUGGACCUCGGGGAACUCAUAGGGAAGGGCCGCUGGGGCAGGGUGCACAAGGGGCGGUGGCACGGCGAGGUGGCCAUCCGACUCCUCGAGAUCGACGGCAACAACCAGGACCAUCUGAAGCUCUUCAAGAAGGAGGUGAUGAACUACAGACAGACCAGGCACGAGAACGUGGUCCUCUUCAUGGGGGCCUGCAUGGCUCCGCCCCACCUGGCCAUCAUCACCAGUUUCUGUAAGGGGAGGACAUUGUAUUCAGUCGUGAGAGACACCAAAAACACGUUGGAUAUUAAUAAGACGAGACAAAUUGCGCAGGAGAUUGUGAAGGGCAUGGGCUAUCUGCACGCUAAAGGAAUUGUUCACAAAGACUUGAAGUCUAAGAACGUUUUUCAUGACACCAACAAAGUCAUAAUCACAGACUUUGGGCUGUUUGGGAUCUCUGGAGUUGUUCAGGAGGGAAGGCGUGAGAACAAACUAAAACUUCCACAUGGCUGGAUUUGUUAUCUCGCACCAGAGAUUGUGCGCCGGAUGAGCCCAGGUAACAACGAGGACCGCCUCCCUUUUUCCACGGCGGCAGACGUGUACGCCUUCGGCACCAUUUGGUAUGAACUUCAAGCUCGGGACUGGCCAAUCACCAACCAGCAUGUGGAACCUACCAUCUGGCAGGUGGGCAGCGGAGAGGGCAUAAAGAAGGUGUUGGCGGAGAUCAGUCUGGGCAAGGAGGUCACGGAGAUCCUCUCCGCCUGCUGGGCCUACGACCUGAGGGAGAGGCCGACCUUCACCCAGCUGGCCGACAUGCUGGAGAAGCUGCCCAAGCUCAACCGCAGGCUCUCGCACCCCGGACACUUCUGGAAGUCAGCAGAGUUGUAGCAGCCACUCUGAAACUUAAGCAAUGCAAAACAAUAGCCCCGGACUGCCUUGCAUGCUCUUGUAUCCUUAACUCAGAGCAUUGCCGCUGCCUGAAACAGACGCUGCUUCCACUAAUCCACAGUCUGAUCUCACGUGUCUAACCGCCACGUUCUGUGGUCGGAAAGAGAGGAUCGGGGGGGGG